UCCAAUUUCAUGUACACCAAAAUCUAGAAGCAAACGAGUCAAGAAUUACUUGGGCUUCCUAUCAUCAGUAGUAAGAAGAGAGCCAGGGGAAGAGGGAGAGGAAGCAGAAAUGGCUGCAAUAUCAGCGGCAAUCUCUGGCUGCUGCUCUUCCUCCUGCCUGUCCCAGUCCCAGCGGGGACUCUUGCCCUCCACACGGAGAAGGCACUUCAAGGUCACGGCCAUGGCUCCCAGGAACAAGGUGAACAAGUACGACGAGGGGUGGUCGAAGCAGUGGUUCGGCGCGGGGAUCUUCGCGGAGGGGAGCGAGGAGGCGUCGGUGGACGUGUUCAAGAAGCUGGAGAAGCGCAAGGUGCUGAGCACCGUGGAGAAGGCGGGGCUGCUCUCCAAGGCGGAGGAGCUCGGCGUUACGCUCUCCUCGCUGGAGAAGCUCGGGCUGCUCUCCAAGGCCGAGGACCUAGGCCUCCUCAGCCUCGUCGAGAGCGCCGCCACGGUGUCCCCCGCCGUGCUCGCCUCCCUCUCGCUGCCGCUGAUCGUCGCCUCCAUCGCCACGGUCGUCUUCGUCCCGGACGACACCACACUGCUCGUCACGCUCCAGACGGUCGUCGCCACGCUGUUCGCGGCCGUCGCGGCGGGGCUGUUCGUCGGCUCGGUCGUGCUCGACGGCCUGCAGGAAGAGUAGCACUUCCCUCCAUUCGAGUACGUCCCUUUUGUAGUAGUAGGAUAUACCACUACUACGACCUACUACGAAUAGUGAGUUAACAAUUUGGUCGUCGCGUAUUUAGCACCAGGCAAGCUUUAAGAUCAAUUGCUAAAGAAAUCGCAGUUACUACGUU